GCUGCCACUCCAAAUCACGUGGGAACAAUAGCCGCCUGCCGGUCCCGUCCCCAGAACCAAUGGCGCUGGAGCUCGGACUCGGGCAGCCGGACUCCACUCGCCCUUGGCAGCGGGGCGCAGGGGCCGGUGCGCGGCCAGGGGCGGCCGCUGCGCGCGAGUCUCCUCCAGCCCGGAGAGCGAGCAAAGCGCCCGCGCAGCUGCGCCGGCCGGGGCAGAGCGCGCACGCCGAGGGGAACCGGGCCGCUCAGCUCGGUGCCGCCGGGCAGCCCCGCGCCUGCCUGGGCGGGAGGGAGCAAGUCUGUGCUGUGCCCCGCCAACAAACGUAGGAGGAAUAAAGGUUUGGGCAAGUCAGAAAUCAUGGCUUCUGAUGCUAGUCAUAUGCUUGAAGCAGCCCUAGAGCAGAUGGAUGAUAUCAUUGCAGGUACUAAGGCAGCCACAGAAUAUGCAAAUGGCAUCUAUGACAUUGUGUCACCUGCUCCAUCAGUAUAUUUGGGCACAUUCCAAAUUUUGCAUCUGCUAGAAGACCUGAAGAUGGCACUAGAAAUGCUAGAGGAUCCUCAAGAGAGAGAAGCAUUACGGAAUCAGAUACCGGGGGAUACAGCAAGAUGUAUACGGGAGUGGCUGGAGGAAAACCUGGAAAUAUUAUUGCUGAGAUGGGCCCAAAGCAUGGAUGGUGAGAUUGAUAUUUACAAGCACUUCACGUGGCUAAAGAGGUCUCAGGUGAAUCAUCUUUCUUCUGCUAACAAUGAAACCUAUCAAGAACGACUGGCACGAUUAGAGGGUGAUAAAGAGUCCCUCAUAUUGCAGGUGAGUGUCCUCACGGAUCAGGUGGAGGCCCAAGGAGAGAAAAUCCGGGACCUAGAAGUCUGUCUUGAGGGGCAUCAGCUAAAACUUAAUGCUACUGAAGAAAUGCUUCAACAGGAGCUGCUAAGUCGAACGUCACUAGAGACUCAGAAACUAGAUCUAAUGGCAGAAGUUUCAGACCUGAAGAUUAAGUUGGUUGGCAUGGAAAAGGAACAGAGUGAAUAUGAAGAGAAGCAGAACAAAGCUGAGGGUUUGCUUCAGGAACUCAAACAUCUCAAAAUUAAAGUGGAAGAGCUGGAAAAUGAAAGAACCCAAUAUGAAUGGAAGUUAAAAGCAACCAAAGCUGAAAUAGCCCAGCUUCAGGAGCAGUUAGCUCUCAAAGAUGCAGAAAUUGAACGUUUACAGAGUCAGCUCUCCAGGACCUUGGUGCAUAAUGAAAUUGCAGAAAGAGGGGAACUAUAUAGGAGAAGGCUAAAAGAAAAACAUCAAGAAGUUCAGCGACUGAAGAUAGGAAUGGAAUCAUUAUUAGCUGCAAAUGAAGAAAAGGAUCGUCGAAUAGAGGAGUUAACAGUGCUGCUAAGCCAGUACAGAAGGAUGAAGGAGAUAAUGUUAGCAGCUCAUGGCUCUUCAGAGAGAAUUCUGUCUGGUAGCAGUGAAGAGGAACUUGAGGCAAGUUUGAAGAAGUGGAAUCUCAUGAAUAAGCCCCCAGCAGAAUUAGUCAAACCUGAGAUACCUCCAGGAGAAUUGUCACCAACUAUGGAAUCUUUACUGCCACAAAAAACUCUGGAAAUCAGUGGAAGCAUUCCAGUUCCUUCAAAUAACUUUAUUUCUCCACAUGAGGAAUCCUUGGAAACCAGAAGUAGGGUUCCACAGAAAAAAAUGUCAAGUAGUCUAGAGGACUUGCAGAGUGAAUCCAUGGAAAAGCAUGUAGACGGGAAACCAGUAGAACCUGUUGUAGAGCAAGAGAAUAAACCAUAUGUGAAGAGUAACAAAUAUCAGACCUUGCCAGGGAAGCUUCUUCGACCCACACACAACGGAGAUCAUGGAACAUACAAUACUCCCACUUCCCUAAAUGUAUUUGGAAUGAAUGACAAUGAGGACAGCAGUGUACUGACCCUGAGAAUGACUGAAGAUCGCAUCAGGAGUAUUAGUGCACCAGUAUUAGGAGAGACAGAGAAUAUGGAUGGUACAAUAACUUCAGAUGAACUUUCACCCCUUUCUUCUGGAACAGAAUCGGGUCCACAGUCUCCAUUGUCUCCAGAAAAUAAAAAGAGCCCAAAAGGCAUCAGGAAAAUCUGGGGAAAAAUAAGAAGAACUCAGUCAGGUAACUUCCAUGCAGACGAUCUAGGUUUAGCUGAAUUUCGAAGAGGUGGUCUCCGUGCAACAGCUGGACCUCGAUUAUCUAGAUCAAAGGAAACAAAGGGGCAGAAGAGUGACUACAAUGCCCCCUUUGCUCAGUGGAGCACUGAAAGAGUUUGUAACUGGCUUGAGGACUUCGGUCUUGGUCAGUAUGUCAUUUUUGCACGGCAGUGGGUGACUUCUGGCCACACGUUAUUAACAGCAACACCUCAGGACAUGGAAAAGGAACUAGGAAUAAAACAUCCUCUGCACAGGAAGAAAUUAGUCUUGGCCGUUAAAUCAAUAAAUACAAAACAGGAUGAUAAGUCUGCACAACUAGAUCAUAUCUGGGUGACACGAUGGCUUGAUGAUAUUGGCUUACCUCAGUACAAAGAUCAGUUUCAUGAAUCCAGAGUUGAUGGGAGAAUGUUGCAGUACUUAACUGUGAAUGACCUUCUCUUUCUGAAAGUCACCAGCCAGCUGCAUCAUCUCAGUAUUAAAUGUGCCAUUCACGUGCUCCAUGUCAACCAGUUCAACCCUCAUUGUCUACGUAGGAGGCCAGUUGAUGAGAAUAAUAUUUCACCUUCUGAAGUAGUGCAGUGGUCCAAUCACAGAGUGAUGGAAUGGCUCAGAUCAGUAGAUCUGGCAGAAUAUGCACCAAACCUUCGAGGAAGUGGAGUUCAUGGUGGCCUCAUUAUUCUUGAACCUCGCUUUAAUGGUGACACACUGGCAAUGCUUCUUAACAUUCCACCUCAAAAGACCCUCCUGAGACGCCACCUGACCACUAACUUUAACGUGUUAAUUGGGCCAGAAGCACAACAAGAAAAAAGAGAAAUAAUGGAAUCUACAGCUUACACACCUCUGACUACCACUGCUAAAGUUCGGCCAAAGAAACUUGGAUUUUCACAUUUUGGAAACCUACGAAAAAAGAAAUUUGAUGAAUCUACAGAUUACAUUUGUCCUAUGGACACAAGUCCAGGUGCAACUAAUGGUACUCAGAAGAGCUAUGGUGGAUACAAAGGACUUAAUCAACUCACUGAUAGGGAAUUGGACAAACUGGAUCAGGUGGGACAAAUAGAUUGAUGUCAUUCUCAUCUCUCAUCCUCUACAUGCAUUCCAAAGCUUGCCAAUAACCUUUUGUUACCAUAUAAUAAAAUCUCUGCUACAUCCGCAUGAACUCAUUGAGAACGUAGGUAUGGGCUGUGGACACUUUUGAAGAGUUUUAUUCUGAGAAUGUCAGAUGAAUUAUAUUUUUAUCUUUGUAAGCGUAAACCCAUCCAUCUUCAAGCCCUUUUUCAGGUACAUCAAACCUUUACACUAUGAAAGUUAACGUAUUGGACUGUUAAAUUUGGGAUUAUAGUAGAAACACCAAAUAUUUUUUGUACUUUUAAUUACAUAAUCCAUGAGUACUGCACAGAUACAUUUUAUCUUUAUAAGUGGUUUGUAAUGUAAUAAAAUCUUAUUCAGAACAAUUUGUACAGAGAUAUCAAUUUAUAUUUUAUUCUCAGAGAAGUACAACUGGAUUGUAUAUUUUAAGACUAACUGAAGAGUGCAUCAUUUGCACUACGUAAAUGUAUUACUCUAUGAAAUAAUUAUGCUUAAGCAUAUAAACACUCAUGAACAUUAUCAAUUAGACAAUAAAAGAAUACUUUGAAUAA